AUGUCUCUCAACUCCAACCAACUCGACCCUCGCCAGCAUCCUCUCCAGGCCAUUGGCAAUGCCAUUAGCGCUGAGACUCAAGGAGAACGUCGAAACCCUCGCAUGAGCCACAUGCAGGGUGCCAAUGAGGGUCCAGCAGAGGUGAUCGCCAAAGUCUCUGGUGCGACGGCCGGAGGGAAGAGAGAGGAUGAUGGAGCGUACUUCACCAACAAUGAGGGCAUUCCCUUUCCUGAUCCUGCCCAUAGCAAGACGGUGGGAGGGCUUCCUUUGGUCAGCGAUACGUUUCUCUUGCAGAAGCAACAAACCUUCAACAGGUCAAAGAACCUUGAGCGUAUGGUUCAUCCUUGUGGCUCUGGUGCCUUUGGAUACUUUGAGUGUACUCAAGAUGUGACUGAACUCACUAAAGCGAACUUCUUAUCGUCUGUCGGAGAAAAGACACCCGUCUUUGUCAGAUUCUCUACUGUAACUCUCGGUCGAGAAUUCCCGGACGAGGCUCGUAACCCUCGAGGUUUCGCCAUCAAAUUCUACACCAUGGAGGGAAACUAUGACCUUGUCGGCCUCAAUUUCCCCGUCUUCUUCUGCCGCGAUCCCAUUCAAGGACCAGACGUCAUCCGCUCUCAAUACCGCAACCCAACAAACUUCCUCCUCGAUCAUGACGCCCUCUUCGAUCUCCUCGCCAACACCCCCGAAGCCAACCACGCAGGUCUCAUGUUCUUCAGCGAUCACGGGACUCCCCAAGGAUGGCGCUUCAACCACGGCUACGGCUGCCACACGUUCAAGUGGGUAAACUCCAAUGGAGAAUUCGUCUACAUCAAAUACCACUUCAUCGCAAAGCACGGUCAGAAGCAGUUCACUGACAGUGAAGCUAUGCAAAUGUGCGGUGAGGAUCCUGAUUACUCCAAGAGAGAUCUUUGGGAGGCUAUCGAGAAGGGUGAGGAGAUUGAGUGGACGGCUCAUGUGCAAGUCAUGGAUCCUAGACAAGCGGACCCUGAUAAACUUGGGUUUGAUCCUUUUGAUGUCACAAAGGUUUGGCCGCGAUCGCAGUUCCCAAUGAAGGAGUUUGGAAGAUUGGUGCUUAAUAAGAACCCCGAGAACUUCCAUCGCGAUGUGGAACAGGCUGCUUUUUCACCCGGUAGCAUGGUUCCUGGUAUUGAAGAUUCGCCUGAUCCUCUUCUUCAGUUCCGCAUGUUCUUCUACCGCGAUGCUCAGUAUCAUCGCAUCGGUGUCAAUCUGCACCAAAUCCCCGUCAAUUGCCCCUUCAUGGCCAAGUCUUAUGCAUCGCUCAACUUUGACGGACCGAUGCGUGUUGAUGCCAACCACGCAGGCAAUAAGCAAUAUGCUCCCAACAGCUUCGCUCAUAAGUUCAGACCUGAUGUCGCUGAGGCGCCGUAUCAGGUCAGCGACAACAUCGCAAGCAGGGCUAGCCACUAUUGGCAUGAGGGAAAGAAGAAUGACUACGACCAAGCGAAGGAUCUGUGGACGAGGGUUAUGAGCGAGCAGGAGAAGAAGAAUACUUGCUACAACACAGCCAAGGGUCUUCGUCGCGUCAAGUUUCCCGAGAUCCAGAGCAAGUAUUUGGCGCAGGUAUACAACAUCGCGGAGGAUUAUGCGCAGGGCAUUUAUGAUCUUCUGGACCAACCUCAGUUUGAGUUCUCCAAAGUCAAAGAUUUGGCUGAGACUGCGCAGGAGUGGUAUAAGGAGCCCAAGUUUAGGCCUGGUCCUGGAUCGAAGUUGGUGGGAUAUCCUCCGUCUUCAGCCGUUUACCAGGCAUAA